UGCAGUUCUAACAAGGGAAAGGCCAAGAAACAGAAGAAGUAAAAGCAGCUGAAGAUGAUCACCAAGUUUCUUCGUAUGAGAUAAUUUGGCUCUAAAGUUUAAAGUAUGGAACAAGUCAAGGAGGAUGGUGGUACUGAUAAUACCACAACCACAAGCAUUGACGAUACUCAUGACAAUGUAGUUCGAAAGACAGUCACUGUUCAAGGGAGGAUUUCAGGUCCUACUAGACGAUCAACUAAGGGAGGAUGGACAGAGGAGGAGGACAAAAUGUUGACUGUUGCUGUCCAAAAGUUCAAUGGCAAAAAUUGGAAAAAGAUAGGUUUGCCCGAGUGGGUCCCUGAAAGAACAGAUGUUCAGUGCCUACAUCGCUGGCAGAAGGUUCUUAAUCCUGACCUUAUUAAAGGACCUUGGAGCAAGGAGGAAGAUGAUCUGAUCCUUGAGCUUGUGCAGAAGCAAGGGAAGAAGAAAUGGUCCGAAAUAGCUAAAUACUUACCAGGCCGCAUUGGCAAGCAAUGUCGAGAAAGGUGGUGCAAUCACUUAAAUCCAGAUAUAAAGAAAACUGCUUGGACAGAAGAGGAGGAAUUGGUUCUUAUUCGGGCACAUGGAACAUAUGGGAACAGGUGGGCGGAGAUAGCUAAGCUUCUUCCUGGCAGGACUGAAAAUUCAAUAAAAAAUCACUGGAACUGCUCAGUGAGGAAGAAAGUAGAGUUACUUGCAGCUUCUCGUAUUAAUCUAGGCAAUCAAAACAGAAGAGUGGAGUGCAUGUCCUUCGGGCUAGGCAAACCUCUUGAACAAAAAGUUAAUCAGGGAAGUACAGACCUUUAUUCACUAGGUUUGGGUCAUGGAGAUAAUGAUAGAAGAGAAAGCAACCUAGUUGUUUCAAAUAAAGAAAAUUGCAGAGUGAUGAGAAAAGAUGCAAAUUUAAUUUUGAAACCAUCCUCUCUAACCAUCUCUUCUAAUAGAUAUGACGAUGCAUGCGAUCUGACUAUCAAAAAGCACCAAGUGUAUGCUUGUGAAGCUGGAGCAGCUGGAAACUCUAAUAACCUCGCUGCUGAGCCUGACUGGUCUGAUAAAUUUUGUCAUACAUCCUUUGGGAAUCAUGUGAAAUUCCCAUUUUUGCAUGAAAGAACGACCAAGCUCAGCUUGCAUACAAGAAUGCUUUCAGGACCUUCACAUUUGCCAUUGAGUACUUCAUUAAAUACUGAUUUUACUGCUGCUUGUGAUAGGAAAAGUGCUCUUCCUGGCUUUGUUGAAAGAUUGUCUAAUUCUUCUGUUAGACCACAGGACAGAAAUGAUGGUAACACUGAAAAUGUGGAGUUCAGACUUGGUUGCUUAUGUUAUGAGUCGCUUCAACAGAAAGAUUUGAAUACUUUUUUGACAACUGGUAGAUUUCUCGAUACAGAUAGUUACAUACGAAAGGUAUCUACUCCAGUUGUCUUGGAUAUUCCACCUAUCAACAGCACCUGUCCAGAAUCAAUAUUGAGAAGUGCAGCCAAGAGUUUUAAAAAUACACCAUCCAUUAUUAGAAAGAGAAGCUCUCAAACUACAAAACAAACUGGCAAUCACAAUCAAAGUGAUGGAGUUGGCUCCAAUGCAAAGCAGCCUUUUCCAUCUCCUUCUAAGUCUGCCAAACUUGAAACUACAGCUGCCAUAAAAUCUGUAGAAAAACGCCUGGAAUAUGCAUUUGAUGAUAUUGUGAAGGAUUCAUCCAGUAAUAUAACUAGAACAUCAGCCGUUGAUCAUUCUUCUAGCACCAAUUCUACUUGAGAUGGCU